AUUGGGUUGUUCAUUUAUAUAUUUAUCGUUGAUGAUGUCUUUGUAUGAUUUUAUACUUGUAACCAUUAGCAUCCUUGUCUUUUAAGCUUUUGAUAUUCAUACUGGUAGACAUCAGCCAAGUUAAAUACGAAUAUGCUCACAAUACAUAGCUAAAACAUAGCAUAAAAUACACGAAUGCCACUUUAUACCAAAAAUAAAUUGUUAUACAAAAUCAAAAUAUCUACCUUUAAAAAAGCGCUCGGAAAGUUGACUUCAACAACCGAGGUUACUUGUAUUCAGCACGGUAAACCCCCAACAUUGGGGAAAAAACCUACGAGUGCAACGUCACUUGAACGCUACGCAGCGGCGGUGAGACGGAACACAGCAGCGAUCACUUCUCAGCAGGCACGGAAAACAUCACGUUCACCCACAGCAGCACGCUUCUCCACCCAAUCCUCCACUCCAGCCCAACAAGAUUUCUCCCCAGGUAGCGGACAGAGGUGGCAGAGGUUCUGUGAUCAAAACCACAAACCUUCCUGCUCGACGUUAAACACCCUAACCAGCCUCAACUGCCACAAAGAGCGAUGUCGGUACAGAGGAAAGGAGCCGCGGCCCAUCUGCCUAAAUGUGCCUUUUGCAGAACCAACCGUGACAAGGAGUGUGGACAGCUACUGCUGUCAGACAACCAGAAGGUGGCAGCUCACCACAAGUGUAUGCUUUUCUCCUCAGCACUUGUUAGUUCACACUUAGAGAGUGAUAACCUUGGAGGAUUUUCCAUCGAAGAUGUGAAGAAAGAGAUCAAAAGAGGGAGCAAACUGAUGUGCUCCUCGUGUCAUCGACCCGGGGCGACCAUCGGAUGCGAUGUGAGGACAUGCCGGAGGACAUAUCAUUACUACUGCGCGCUGAAAGACCGCGCGCAGAUCAAAGAGAAUCCCUCGCAAGGGAUCUUUCUUGUUUAUUGUCGCAAACACAGAGAUGCCUCCCGGGAUGGUCCUGAAGACGAAGAGGAGGACGUGGCCAAUGAGUCCGACUCGUCCCCUCCCCAAAGUAAGGGCCGUGGAAGGUUUGAGAAGGGCAGAAACAAGCUGGGGUCUCACGGCCAGUCAGAAGAUGGAUGCUCUACCUCCUCCCAAGGUGCAGACGAGGAGCGGUCGUCACAUCGAGACCGGUCACCACUGAGGGCUAGCCCUGGAGAAAGCGGGCAGCGCUGUGGGUUCUGCCACGCAGGGGAUGAGGAGAACCAAACCAGGGGUGUGCUCCACACUGAUAAUGCAAAGAAGGUGGCAGCACACUACAGGUGUAUGUUGUUUUCAUCUGGGACCGUUCAGCUAACCACUACUUCACGCGCCGAGUUUGGAAAUUUCGAUGUCAAAACGGUCCUCCAGGAAAUUAAGAGAGGGAAAAGAAUGAAAUGUACGCUCUGCAGUCAGUUAGGCGCAACGAUCGGGUGUGAGAUCAAGGCAUGUGCGAAGACCUACCAUUAUCACUGCGGCCUGCAGGAUAAAGCCAAAUAUAUUGAAAAUAUGGCCCGUGGCAUCUACAAACUAUACUGCAAGAAUCACAGUGGCAACGAGGAAAGAGAUGAGGAAGACGAGGAGAGAGAGAAUCGCAGUCGAGAGCGUGCUGCAAAUGACCGUGCAGCAUCACUAACUGAGUCGCAACUAAACGGACACUAGGGUGAAAGAAGCGGUUCACAUAUUUAGGGCAGAAGAAGAGUUCAAAGAUGGGGCAAAAAAUUAUCUAUUUUUAAUUACUGAAUCUUGGCCAACAGAAAGUCCCCCGAAGAUUCUUCCAGGGGACAGACAUGUCACGAGGAUAUGCAGCAGUUGUCUUCAUGAGACCUACGUCAAGUUAAACCAUUUUCCUGCCCAUGGAUCGCCCCGUCAUUCCUUCUCUUGUAGUCUCGGUUUUGGGCAAAGUAAAGGCAUAUGUAAUUUUACCACAAAAUGAUAUUUGUUUGGACGGGACCUUUUGAUUGCCAUAUAUCCUGCCUAUUUGCCCCAUUGUUUACAUUUAACUUGCCUAGACAGACAUAUUCUUCCUAUAGCCUCGCUUCUGAUGGAUUCGCGUUUAAGAGGGUUGUACUUCUUAUUUUCUAUAUAUGAAGCCGUGCGAUUUGAUUGAUCGUGUCUUAUGGUCUGGCAGCCCUUCUUUCUUUGUAUGUAACAUUUUGCUACUGUAUCAUCACCGUGAAUGAUUUUGAAUAUUUGAACUCAUACAGUCACAAUUAAAGUUUUUUGCCAGCAUGCACUUGUAUCUCUCCACUAUUAAAUAUGGUAUUUUUUUAUGUUUCUUUUUAAGUGCUCUUCCCCCCUGUACUCCCUGAAAUGUAACCAAGAAAUUGGAAAAAUAAUGUUUUAUUUUACCCUUAAGCUUUUGUGUUGCCUGAUUGCAUCAGGGGAUAAGAAAGAUCCUUUUGCUGCUUUGCUCUAAUAGGCCUAUUGAUCUUAACCGGUGGUGUCUACUCAUCGCUCACUACACAAUGCAACUACUACAUUUUGGUUAAAGACAAAAUAGCAGAAUUAAAUAAAUGAUCAAUAACACUUUUCUAUUUAAAACCCAAUUGUUGCAACUUACUGACUGCAGAGUGUACAUUUAAUAAACUAAACGAAAUACUAUAGACCUAUUGUGUACCGAGAGGCCAAACUAC